AUGUGCAGUGCUAGGAACAGCAAAGAUACUGCGCAGAACCCUCAAGCUCCCUGGCCUCUGGUAGAGGACCCGAGCUUAGAGAGGAAUAACCGCCCGCGGAGGGCCAAAGGAACGGAGGCCACAGCGGCGCGCGCCGAUUCCCUGCGCGCCGCUUCAGCGCCGAAAGAGGACUCAGGCUGCAGAAAGAGGACUCGGGCUGCAGAUAGAGGACCCAGGCUGCAGAAAGAGGACUCAGGCUGCAGAAAGAGGACUCAGGCAGCAGAAAGAGGACUCAGGCUGCAGAAGGAGGACUCAGGCUGCAGAAAGAGAACUCAGGCUGCAGAAAGAGGACUCAGGCUGCAGAAAGAGGACAGGCUGCAGAAGGAGGACUCAGGCUGCAGAUAG